AUGUCAGACUCUACAAAAAGUGACUCACCUAAAUACGAAAGGGUAAAUCUCUGUGAACUAGCUCACAGGGUUUCUCAGCACCCACCGCAUGUUCAAGUUUUUUCAAAGCUGGUCUUCUGUGUCAUGCCCGUUGCUCAGAUUGCAGUCGGGGCAGUGCACCUGUAUGACUGUCCGCGGCAGCCCUUCAUCCCCAUGUGCCUGAUAGUUGUGGGCGUCUUCAGCCUCUCUCUGGCAGUGCUCCCCUGCCUUCCCUUCAUCCAGCUGCUCAAAAACGACGCUUCCACCCUGAUGGGCAGGAUCUGCACAACCUGGAACUCACUCAUCUCUAUCGUCAUCUUCCUCUGGUUUAUUACUGGUAAUGUGUGGAUCUACUCCAUUUAUCAGCCAAACUACAACAAGAACACCACGUUUGUAGAUCCCUACUGCGACGAGCAGCUCUACUUGUUCUCCUUCUGGACCACCACGCUGGUCUACAUCCUGCUGGGGUCGGCCCUCCUCCUCAGUUUAGGCCUGUUUCUUUGCUUCCGCGUUGCUAUCCCCGACGACGACGACGACUAAAGAGUGUAUCUAACGACAGGAGGAUUCAUCUCAUUGGGCUGUAUAUGAUGAUGCUGUGUGACUUUCACCAAGACCUGAAGCAGACAUCUGUUGUUGCAUGAAAUAUCCUUGAAGGAAACAUGCUCUUAAAUCUGGAGCGACCCCAUCAGAUGUCAGAAAAGCACAUUUUACUGUAAACCAUGUCUCUUAAUCGUUUUAGCAUAUUGCACCUCUGCUACGUGUGUCAUAGACAGAGGUGGGUAGAGUGCUCAGAAAUUGUACUCAACUAAAAGUACUGUUACUUCAGAAUAAUAUGACUCAAGUAGAAGUAAAAAGUAGUCAUCCAAAUAAUUACUUGAGUAAAAGUAAAAAAGUACUUGGUGAAAAAACUACUCAAGUACUGAGUAACUGUUGAGUAACGUCUGAUUUAUUUUUUUAACACAACCAUUCAAACAGACAAAAGUACAAAUUAAUAAAUAGGAUUUAAGAUUAUUUUAAUAAAUUAAAAUAAUCUUAAAGUAAAUUCAAGUACUUUAAUAAAUAAUAAAAUAAAUAAAAAAUAAUAACGGAAUAAAAAAAUAAAUUAAGCACAAAUAGCACAAAAUUUCAAGCCUUUGUACUUUUUUUUAACCAGCAGAACUAGAACAAACAAGAACUCAUAGAAACUCUGUGUGUGUUUGAGUCUGUGUAAAUGUGACAAAACAUGCAAAAACAAACAUUUUUCCCAAAGAAUCACCCAGUGAUGUCAUGAGAUUGACGCGUACGUGGAUAAAAGGGAUAAAAGAAAAGUAACAGCUCAACGUAGCCUAAUGUAGCGGAGUAAGAGGAACAGUUUCUUCUUCACAAAUCUACUCAAGUAAAAGUAAAAAGUACAGUGAUUCAAAACUACUCCUAAAAGUACAAAAUUUCCCAAAACUUACUCAAGUAAAUGUAACGGAGUAAAUGUAACUUGUUACUACCCACCUCUGGUCAUAGAUUAUUUAACUUGCCUUCAACUGCCUUUCCAAAAGAG